GGGACUGGAACAUGAUGGACUCGGACUGGACCUGAAGCAUCUCCACUUCAUGCUGUCAGGCGGGCACCCUGAAGUGGAUGCGGAGGAAGCUUGUAGGGCGGUCCAGCCAUUCAGAUCAGCAGGCGCGAGUCCAACACCGAUCCGCAGGCAUCUUCCACUUGAGCUUGGGCCUCGACACACACGGGCACUUUCACCUCAUUUCAUCCCUUUGGACAACAUCGCAGUCGAACUGCCUCUUCUGCCUCUUCAUCCGCACUUUUUAGGCUACAGAGAACAAAUCUCGAUUCUGACGCCACUGCAGUCGACUCGAACCUCAUUCCUUCCCCGCGGUUGCUCUCCCGAAACGCAGCACAGAACAUUGCAGCUUUGGUCCGAACAGUGUUGUUGAUUGUCGUUGUUGCCGUUUUCGUCAUCCAGUUCUCUGCCUGGCUCCCUUGGACAACUACCCCUACCACUGGACUCGGUGCUUGCUCCUUCCUUGAGUAGGUAGUGUACACCUCAAGCUCUCCACCCGGACCCCGAAAUACUAGACUAAUCCCCCAAGGUGCCCCUGUGCGCCUUCGACUUUCCUGCUCCCGUCACUGCUGUGCAGCCCUGAACAGUGGCUCUUCAACUGGCAUUACAUCAUCUCAGCGCGGUGCACCACAGCCUGUCACCAGACCCCUCCCUCCCUUCUGCCUUUCAACAACCUUUCGCGAUCUCCGCCAUUGCAUCAGCUCCAUUCAACGAAUACCUAUCAAACUUACUCCAGCCUUCCUGCAACAACUUUCAGCUUCUCCCUUGCUUCUUUGUCAACCACAACCGACGCCCUCACUUCCUCAUCGCAAAGCGCAACGAGCGCGCAUAAAUCCCCAAUAGGGUUUCAAGAGUGACCCAGACCCUGUCCCUAUUCACAACCGCAGUUCUCCGCAGACCGGCCUUUCAGUACGGCAUCUUCUCGCAACGUGUCGCGCCCUCACCCACCCCACCCCCCAACAACCAACCUGGCAGGCAACAAGCGUCGCAGUCUCUCCUCUCAAGGAGGCCUGCUGAAUAGGAUGUUCGGCGGCGGUUCCAGCUCCGCCGCCUCCAAGUCCGUGAGCGGGUCAGCUUCAGAUUCGGGCAGCAGUGGAAAGGACAGGUCGAGCAGCAAGUCGCCCUCCCCCGAGAAGGAGGCGCCGGGCAAUGGAGGCGCGUCUCCCAAAUCCAUCAAGUCCGCCGAUCAGUCCACCGCCGGCGACACCCAAAUCGGCAACGGGAGUCCACCGAGCGCUGGUAGCUCGUCCGAUAGCAAGAAGAAGCGGAGCAGUGGGGUGAGCGGCAGAGCCAGCAGCCUGAUUGCCCAAGCCAAAAAUACUCUGUUUACUCAAGUUGCGAACCGUAACAGCGGUGAUAUGAGUACUGACUCCAAGAACUCUAAUCAGACUUCCUUGCAAAAGCUCGGCAAGCAAGAUCAGGCCCUUGCUGUUCCUCAAGGCCAGCACAACAAUGCCGCCGGUGAAUCACUCCCCGGGCCGCGCUCCACGUUCAAGGUUGGUGUCUGGGAGGACCGCAACAAGAAGUGCAGACGUACUAUGGAAGACACACAUGCUUUCCUCUACAACUUUCUCCAUACUCCUGCCCCUGUUUUGGGCGCCGAGGGCUCGGCUCAGAAGCAAUCAAAAUCAGCGAACGAAUCACAUGAGAAGCGCAGUAGUAGUUCCGCCAGUCAGAAUGCAGACAUGAUCGAGACGGACAAUGGCUACUUUGCCAUUUUCGAUGGCCAUGCCGGCACCUUUGCUGCUGACUGGUGCGGCAAGAAGCUCCACAUAAUCCUUGAGGAUAUCAUCAAGAAGAACCCGAAUGCUCCUAUACCGGAACUCCUUGAUCAAACGUUUACCACUGUGGACACCGAGCUAGAAGCGCUUCCGCUCAAAAAUAGUGGCUGCACGGCUGCCGUUGCGGUUCUGCGCUGGGAGGACCGAGUUCCGAGUAACCAGUCGGCGACCGGCUCUCAAGCUAUCGCCCCCGCGGUUGUCAAGGCCACUGAGGAUGCUCUUAAGGUGGAGGAUGGGCAGUCCGAGAAAAGCCUCAACUCUUCAAUCCCGGAAGCUACACACGCCAAGUUGAAGAAUUCUGCCACAAGACAGAGGGUGCUUUAUACAGCCAAUGUGGGAGAUGCUCGCAUCGUCUUGUGUCGCUCUGGCAAGGCGUUGCGCCUGUCAUAUGACCACAAAGGCAGCGAUGAAAAUGAGGGCAAGCGUAUAGCAAACGCUGGAGGUCUGAUCCUGAACAACCGCGUGAACGGAGUCCUUGCUGUCACCCGAGCUCUUGGCGAUACUUAUAUCAAAGACCUCGUCACUGGUCAUCCUUACACCACGGAGACGGUUAUCCAACCGGAUUGGGACGAGUUCAUGAUUAUUGCUUGCGAUGGGCUUUGGGACGUUUGCUCGGAUCAGGAAGCAGUCGACCUUGUGCGCGAUAUCCAGGAACCGGUGAUUGCGGCCAAGAAACUGGUCGAUCAUGCUCUGUCUCGUUUCAGCACCGAUAACCUCUCAUGUAUGAUUGUCCGGUUUGACAAACAAGCCUUGCUUGAAAACCAAAACAACAAAGAUAGUGCCAUUGGCGUCGAGGGCGAUGCGACUACGGCUGCGGGCACGGUUACCGAGUCGGAGAAGAUUGUCACGGCAACUAAGCAGAAGAUUGCGGAGGGUAGCACACCGGCGGUUGGGAUAUCUGCGAGCAACUUUGGUCGCGGUCACGACCCCACACCCCUCGAGGACGGAGAGAAGAAGCCAUUUGUCCCUACCACCAUCGAAGGUUCUGUGGAAGAAGAGCCAGUUGUCCUCAGUGACUCUCCAGAGGCGACUCCGGACGGUUCCGUGACGGCAAUGAAGUUAGAUUCGCUGCCUGAAGCGAAGAAGUCUUUGGACGCAUAGGGUCUUUGACUACUAGCUGCAGGUCAUGGCCGCAAGCUAGGAUAUCGGGGCCUAUAUCACGUCUGAUUCGAUUGCUUCCUCAUCUUGGCAUUUCUUGGAGUCGGCGGGCAGCCACCACAAACUUUGGGGAGGAACUGGAGUGAAGAGUUGGCCUUCAUGCUAUAUUUCGACAUCCGAGGACACGGUGACAUAUAAGAUAGGGAUCUAUGUUGGGAGGGGAAGCAGGAGUAUGGGGGUCGUCUUCAUCAAGCCAGUCAUUUCGAGUUGUUUGUGCUAUGCUAAGAGAAUACUUUCCUCAUCUCUACUUUUUUGUCACCACCCAUUUUUAUGGUGUAUUUGAUGUGUCUUUCCUGUCAUCAGUUGCCCAGUUUUCGUCCUAUGCGUUGCAUGACCAAUCAUUAUAGACGGUUUGUUGUUUACUUUGGCCUCUCAACUAACCGGAGCUGGAUUGUUGCUCGCAAAACAUACGCGCUUCAUGUGCGGUCUCGUUGCAGAAGCAGAUACGAAAUUUGAAGAGGCUGCAUGCAUACAAGUUAAUUGUCUGCGUUUCAGUGAGAUCUCUCAAUGUUUCCUCGAAAAGGAGGCGCCUUCCCAAUAUGUGUUUGGAGAAAAAAAAAAGGUGUUACCCGUCAA